ACUCACUUCACCAAACACUUACGAAAGCACCCAGCGUGUCCUGUCGGUCUCCUACUGUUCCUGUAGGUUAACGUUCAUGUCACUGCAAGGCCAAACGUUUUAGUCGCAACUAUCGAGGAUUUACAAGAGCCCGCGUCGUUAUUCUUCUGGGUGAAUUGAACUCUACUGCUUAAACACACGGCCUUAACGUUAGCUACGGUUGUUAGCAUUUCGCCCGCUAACGUGACACUUCGACCGAGGUUCGCUGGAAAACUUCUCAAAUGACCGAUCCGUUCCCCUGGUAAGUUAAAGUGUUCAACCAAAACCAUCAUCUCAAUGACCGAGCAGGAAGGAGAGGGCUGGGGAGGCAGUAACCUGUCGCCUCACCUCCACACGGCCGAGUGUAACGAACUGAUAACUCGCCUCAUGCAGUGUCACAAGGAGCACAGUGUCAUGAAGUUCUUCGGCACGUGCAACGAUGUGGACCGGGAUAUGCGCCAUUGCCUAAAAGAAGAGAGACUGGAAAAGCGCGAGCGCAGCAAGCAGCACGCCGCGGAGAUGAGAAAGAAGCUGAGGGCGAGGCCCAAGGAGCAGCUCUGAACGGCUUUUUUUACUGCCACUUUGCCGACUCUGGCACUCCAAGUUCCAAGUAUUGAGAUAGUGGGACAUGCCUCAGAGGUUGGCUAUGACUCUGGGGAGUUGGGGGUUGUAUUUGGAUUGAAACAUGUUCUUGUGAUACUAUUUGAUGAGAAAAAUGAGUGAGACUGUUCUCUUAUGAUUACUCCUACCCCCCAGCCCCCCCUCCCCUCUGCAGUACUCUACAGCUCCAUGAAAUGGAGAAGUGCAAAAUUGCAAAUUACUCAUCAAAUGUUAUUUAUGCUGGCAGGACACAUUAAGAAUACACAGAAUAAUCAGUUUUAUUCAUGGAAACUAUCAAAAAUGUAAAAAAAAUACCCCAAACAGGAUGACUAGUGGCUGUGUUUGACCCUUAAAGGUCACAUACACUCGUGGACAUGCAUGUCAAACACACUCAUGGAUUUUUUUGAAUUUUUAUUUGAGUUGAUUGAAUAUAUUAAAUUGUAAGAUUGAUUACUUUUUAAUAAAGUGAAAUUAUCAGGAAAUAUAAGAAUCCA